GUCUCAGGAAACAAACAGAGGUUUUUUUUUCUCAUCAUUGCCUGCUGGCCCUGUGAGAGUCAGAGAGGAUGUUAAUGAUGAUGAUGAUGUUGAAGAAGAAGGGGUCGAAGUCUCUGGCUGCUGUGGCCCUACUUCUGGCUUCAGUCAACUGCAUUGUUCCUCCUUCAAAAGAAGAUCUUACCGAGCUCUCACUCCAGGGAGGGAAGUAUCUGGAUAAACAGAUUGAAAAUGCCAUUAACGGAGUGAAGGAGAUGAAGAGUGUGAUGCAGAAGUCUUCCGAGGACCACAAGAAGUUUGUGGAUGCCUUGGAGGAGACCAAGCUGCAGAAAGAGGAAGCGAUCCGUACAGCUCAGGAGAUGGAAGCCAAGCUGGAGCAGGAGGAAGAGGUCUGCAAUGAGACCAUGAAGUCUCUGUGGGAGGAAUGUAAGCCUUGUCUGAAGAACACCUGCGUUAAAUACUACUCCCGGACAUGCAGCAGCGGAUCUGGACUGGUGGGACGCCAGCUGGAGGACGUUCUAAACAGAACAUCACCCUUCUCCAUCUGGAUCAACGGGGAGAAGAUAGACGUCCUGGAGCGGGAGGGACAGCGGCAGAGCAAAGAAUUCAAGAACCUGGAGGAAAAAUACACAGUGAUGGCUGACGGUGUGGACAGCAUAUUCACAGACAGCAUGAAGGUGGCUGAUCAUGUGCAUUACAACCCUCCAGUGUUCUUUCUUCCCAAUUUCCUGGGACAGUACACUCGCCGGGCCAGGAGCAUUCGCUCUGUAUUCCACAAUCCUUUACACAACUUCCAGAGUUUGUUCUCCCCUAUGAUGGGCAUGGGCAGGAACUUCUUCAGUUCUAUGGGCUCCAUGAUGGACAUCAACUCAGACACACCUCCUAAUGAGGACGGCAGCAUGAAUGAGGAUGUUGUCAUCACCAAACCUUUCGGCAACGGCAGGAUGACCUGCAGAGAGAUUCGCCGUAACUCAGCCGGCUGCAUCAAGUUCCGUGACGAGUGUCAGAAAUGCAGAGACAUCCAGCAUAUUGACUGCUCCGGGAAGAAACCUCUGGAGGGCCCGCUGAAGGAGGAGCUGGAGGAAGCGUUGGCCAUGGCCGAGCGUUUCACUCAGCAGUACAACAGCCUCCUGAAGAGGUUCGAGGAGAAGAUGUUCAACACCUCCUCCAUCCUGGACCUGCUCAACAGGCAGUUCGGCUGGGUGUCGUCUCUGGCAAACGACACCAACACCAAGGACGACAUCUUCCGGAUUCAAACGGUGAUCUGCAAGGACAUGGAGGGGAAGCCAGACGAGGAGAAGAAGGAGCCUGAAGAAACAAGCGUGUCUGUGCAGCUCUUCGACUCUCCACCUAUGAACAUCAGUGUGCCAGGUGACAUCCCCUGGACCGACCCCAAGUUCUCUGAGGUGGUGGCCCAGGAGGCUCUGGACCGCUACAAGGAAACCACCAUUGUGGUCAAAUAAAGUCCCAGCUGCAUUUGCGCCCUGACCUGAACUGUCUGCUGACAUGAGAAUGUUCUGGAUUCAUCAAAACACAGCUGAAACCCCGACGAUAAACACACCUGGGGAAAAAACCCUGGAGCCAAUCCACUGAUUCUGAUGGAAACAAUAUUUAAGUCAUGCUAUCACAAACAACACAGUUUAACCUCAGAUAUUUAUAUUGUUACAUUAGAGCUCUUUGUCCUGCUGUAAGAAAAGUUAUUCAGUAGAUAUAGAUAACAGGCCUUGUCAUGUCUAUAGUAAGGCCUUGUAUCGUGAGCUGGGCUUUGCAAAAAGGUGCCAUUACAUUUAACGAUUCAUGCUUGAGUUUCCGUUAAUAAACAUGAUUCACUCUGAAA